AUGACGGCAAUGGAGUAUUUUCUCCGGCCAAGGGUAGGUGGUAAUGGAUUUAGGAAUUUGGUUGCGAGGGUUGUGAGGAGGAAAUUCAAACUCAACGCCACUCGUCGACGGGGUUUUCUCGAAAUUUUGAUCAUCCUACAGCAACUCAAUCUGCUAUAA